CACUUGUCCCUCAGGUACAACUCGCCCUCGAAGUCUCUCUCCAACCCACUUCCUUCGCAAUUGGCUCACCGGCCUGGCCUUGAUACCCAACCUGGCCUCCUCCCCUCUUCCCUUCACUUUCCCCCGUCCUACCUGAACCCUCGCGGGUAUACGUCAGCUAGCCUUCUACGGGUCUCCCUCGUCUUCUCCGCACUUGUCGGUAUACUUCCACUCAGUCCUGCAACCCGCACCGGUAUCGUGUGCACUCUGAGCCGACCUUCUGCAUGGCUCUAUUUUCCACGACUUGCGAGUGCAACUAAACCUCGCGCAUCACAGCGAGGUCUUUCCUUCCCUGUUUCUUUUUCUCGGGUGCCCCUCUUUUCCCCGGUUCCCCACUGACACUUCCACCUCACUCUCCAGACCAACAUCACCAGAAGUCACUCUCCGUUAACCCCCUCCCCUCUCUCGGCUUCUACGCAGAAACCCCAGGCCCGGGUUACGGCCGCCUCUCGCAACCAUGUUGGAAGGUUUGGUCGCCAACUUGCUCAACCGCUUCCUGGGGAUGUACGUCAAGAACUUCGAUGCCAAGCAGCUCAACAUUGGUAUCUGGUCUGGCGAUGUGAAGCUACGCAACCUGGAACUUCGACGGGAAGCGCUCGACCAACUGCAUCUUCCACUUAACGUUGUUGAGGGACAUGUCGGAGAGCUCACACUGUCGAUCCCCUGGUCGAACCUACGAGGGAAACCUGUUAAAGUCGAUAUUCAAGAUGUCCUCCUUCUUGCCGCUCCGAAGGAAGACCAAGAUUACGACCCUGCGGAGGAAGAGAGACGGGCACACGCUCUGAAGAUGGAGAAGAUCGAGAGCGCGGAGAUCCUGAAGGAGCGGAACUCGGAGGGCAUGAGCCAGGAAGAGCAGCGUCGGAACCAAAGCUUUACCCAAAGCAUGGUCACGGCUGUGGUUGAUAAUCUUCAGAUCUCCAUCAAGAACGUGCACAUCCGUUAUGAGGACUCUCUUGCAUCGCCACACCACCCCUUCGCCAUUGGUGUGACACUGAAGGAGCUUAGUGCCGUCAGUACCGACUCCGAGUGGAACCCCACCUUCAUCCAGUCGACCUCUAGCACAACACACAAAUUGGCUAUCCUUGGCGCUCUUGCUGUCUAUUGGAGCACUGAUGCAGAACUUCUGGGUACGGGUCGGGGUUCAGAUAUAGGCGCAGAAGCUCAGGGGAUUGGCCAUGCAGAACUGAUUGACAGGCUGAGAAAGGGCAUUGACGAGGACAAUGUCCAGUUCAUGCUUCGUCCGGUCAGCGGCCGUGCUGGCCUGGAGCUGGACAAGUCUGAAGAGCACGACAGACCGGCGAUCAAGGCUAGAUUGCUGUUUGAUGAACUGAGUUUCGUCCUGGAUGACAACCAAUACCGAGAUGCAUUGAUGCUGGUGGAUCUCUUCCACUAUUUUAUCCGCCACCAAGAAUAUAGGAAGCUCCAACCGAAAUGCAGACCGAAGGAAGACCCUCGCGCUUGGCUGAAGUUCGCUGGAGAUGCCGUGCUCAGCAAGAUCCACGAACGGAAUCGCCGUUGGACCUGGGACUACAUCAAGGAACGUCGAGACGAUCGCCUUGCCUACAUUGAUUUAUUCAAGAAGCAAAAGCGGGAAGGGCACUUGGUUGGCGCAGAUGCAGCCAACUUCGAACGCCUGCAGAGGAAGCUCAACUAUGAGGAUAUUCGCUUUUGGCGAUCACUGGCGCGAAAUCAAUUGCGCAAAGAGAAUGUCGGCGUCAAGAAGCCUGCGGAGCAGCAGACUUGGUCAGAAUGGUUCUGGGGUGCCAAGAAAGAGGAGUCCGCGGAGACUACCAUGACUGAGGAGCAACGGCAGGAGCUUUACAAUGCCAUUGACUGGGACGAGAAGAAGGCGAUUGCAGACAGCGUUGAUGUUCCACGAGAAUGGGUUAAACUCCAGGUCAAUUCUGGACUCAGAGCCGGAAGCUUCACGUUGAAACGCGACCCCCACGGGAAAGCGAACGAAGUCAUGAAGCUAGUGUUUGACAAUUUUCGGGCAAAGGCCUUACAACGUCCCGAUUCCUUCUACAUUGAUGUCAACCUCGGUGGCUUGCGAGUAUACGAUGGAACCACCGAAGGAAGUCUUUUCCCGCAAAUUGUGAAGGUCAAAGAUUCUCUACCGCAGCCGAAGAAUCGUCUAUCCCAGGCUUCUGGCACCGAAGAGUUGGAUUCGGAGACUGGGGAUGAUGUCUCCGACUAUGAAAAUGGCUUGUUCCACCUGGAGCUCGAAAAGAACCCCCUCGAAAGUGAUGCAGAUUCGGUAGUGAAGGUCAAGCUAAAGAGUAUUGAAGUCAUCUACAAUCCUGCUUUCAUCGUCGAGAUUGUCAAAUUCUUUGAGCCACCCGAGACACACAUGGAGUCAAUUGGAGCCCUCCUGGAUACAGCGGGUGCAACGGUAGAGGGCAUCCGGCAGCAAACCCGAGCGGGCUUGGAGUUUGCCCUGGAGGAGCACAAGAAAGUCGAUGCACAGUUCGAUAUUAAUGCGCCUCUGAUCAUUGUCCCUGAGAGUAUCACCCAAGAGAGCUCACUCUGUUUGAUUGUCGAUGCCGGUCACAUCAGUGUGAACAGCGAGUUGGUCGAUCGGCAGACUAUGAGAGACCUCCAAUCGAAGCAGAAGCGCCAAUAUGACGAGGGUGAUUACAAGGAGCUUGAGCACUUGCUCUACGACAGGUUCUUGAUCAAGCUUGACUCCACUCAGGUCCUUAUUGGCCCAGGAAUUGAAACCACCAAGGCGCAGCUUACUACCGACAAUGAAACCCGGAACCUGCACAUCAUUGAUCGCAUCAAUGUGGAUUUUGUCUUGGAAAUGUGUAUCGUACCAAAGGUCACUGAGCUCACCAGGACUCGCAUUUCCGGCCACCUUCCAGAGUUACAUGCUUCCAUGUCCGACACAAAGUACAAAGGGCUUAUGAAAUUGAUCGACAUUGCAAUUCCUCAAUUUGAUGUCGAUGACCCGUCAAAGAACGCAACCCACAAGGCGAAAGAAACGUCUGUCUCUGGCAACAGAGCUAGGUCAUCGUCUUUCAAACCGUCCAGUAUUAGGGAGCUUCCUACUGUUGAUGAAGAUUCUGACGAUGAAUCCGACGAAGAACAAGUGAAGAAAAGUAUUGACAAGCCCAUCAACAUACACCGUCGGGACUUCGAAUUCAAGUUCACGGUUGGCCGUCUUCGCGGUUCGUUGUCUCGCUCUGACGCGAAAGAUCCGCUACGCGACCACCUGUUAGUUGAGUUGGUCGCUGAAGGAUUUGCAUUGGACUUCUACAUGCGGCCUUUCGACAUGGUUGCCGAGGUAGUUUUGAAGGCCUUGAGUGUGGAUGAUUAUAUCGAGGAAAACCCGGUUCCGGAAUUCAAGAGGAUCUUAUCCUCUAAAGGGUUCGACGCCGAUGAAGACAAGGAUCUAUUCCAUCUCAAGUUCGUCAAAGUAAAGCCCGAGUCUCCGGAGUUCCAGUCUACCUACGAAGGUGUAGCGAUGAACCUUGAUAUUUCAGUCUCGACUAUAAACCUUGUCGUCACUAGAAAGACGCUCCUGACGCUCUUGGACUUCGUUCUUUUGACUUUCACAAGCCCGGAACAACCAAGCAAUCGAAUCUCCGAGUCAGACGAAGAUAUUGAAGAUGUCACUACUGUUCAGGAACAGCCACAGCAAAGUGGAAAGAUUCGCAUCAAAGCUGACAUGAAGAGUAUUGCGCUCAUCCUCAAUAAUGAUGGCGUUAGACUGGCCACACUGAGCCUUAACACGGCCGACGUGGGAAUUUUCCUUGUAGGCCGUUCCAUGCUGAUCCAAUCGCGGAUUGGAAGCUUGACCCUGAUCGACGAUGUCAAUACGGGCGCGUCAGAGAGCUCCGAUCUUCGCCGACUCUUGACCAUCGAGGGCGAGAAUUUCGCGGAUUUCAAGUAUGAGACCUUUGAUCCCGAGAGCACAGACUACCCGGGAUACGACUCCGAAGUCUUCCUCAGAUCAGGCUCAAUCAAGAUCAAUUUCGUAGAAGAGCCCUACCGCAAGAUUAUCAACUUCCUUGUCAAGUUCGGCAAAAUGCAGGCUAUCUUCAACGCUGCCCGGCAGGCUGCAGCGAACCAGGCCAACCAGCUUCAAGAGAAUGCAUCGCGGAUGCGAUUCGAUGUGGUGGUCAAUACUCCAAUCUUGGUCUUCCCGGGGGCCAUGAAGGAAGAUCUUUCCUAUGAUACAGUGACCGCUCACCUUGGUGAGAUCUACGCGAAGAAUACUUUCGUCCCUCUUGACGAAAACAAAGAUAGCCCGGCUGUCAAUUUGAUCUCCUCCGGAAUCCGCAACAUCCGGCUGACUUCGAAGUUCCACUUCGACGAGGGUACAGUGGAGGAACUGGAGAUGAUCCAGAAAGUCAAUCUCGAUUUCAGCAUAUGCUAUCUUGAGCAUCAGCAAGACAAUCCGCGCCCGGAUAUGGAAGUUGAAGGCUCCAUGUCUCCAAUCAAUCUUCGGAUAUCGCAGAAGCAGUUCAAAUUCUUGUUAGAUCUCUCGAAGAGGGUGCCGAACGCCUUUGUGACCGAUUCGGAGCAGCAAGAGCUAGAGGCCAUGGAAUCUCUGCCUUCGUCGGUGACACAGCCUUCAAGGGAAGCCGAGUCUAGGGCAGCCCAGAACAGACAACCCCAAGAGACCGCGUCUUCAGGCACUAGCCUAAGCGAUGAAACCUGGGUUCGGCUUGACAUGAUCUUCAAGGUUGACAGUGUUGGACUAGAGCUUAUUCUUGCUGGCGACGAGGCCCCCGUCGGUCGCUUGGAAGAUUCCAGUCUAUCGAAAUUCUCACUGAAUGACACCCGAGUCAAGCUGCGCAUGCUCACAGAUGGCUCUCUUGAGUCUGAGCUUUUGAUUCACUCGCUUUCUAUUCGCGAUAGCCGCAACAAGGACACAAACAAGUUCAGAAAGAUCAUGUCAUUGAUAAACAACGAUGUCAAGCAGCAAUUCAUGGCUAGCGUCUCAAUGUCCCCAGGCCCGAAUAAGCAUCUCAUAGCGAUGCUGACUAUCGACAGUCCACGGAUUAUACUCGCUCUGGACUACUUGUCUGCUUUGCAGUCCUUUACCAACUCGGCAUUCGCUACAGAAGAGCCCGUGGUAGAAGAAGAUGGGAACGAAUCGCCCGAUGAAUCGGAGCCAAGGACUAGCACUGCUGAUAGCAUCGACGCGUCUACAGCCGCGCCUUCAAAUGGUGGUGAUACAACUGCUGCCGCCGGACAGAUGACUAUAUCAUACAGGGUGAACCUUGUUGAUGCACAAGUCAUCACGAUCGCGAAUCCUGCCAUCACUCAUACUGAGGCCAUCGUUCUGGGAACGAAACAGGCGCUAUUCUCCCGUCAGAAUGUUUCCACCCUGCAGAUCACCAAGGUGGGGAUGUUCCUGUGCCGUAUGGACAAGUUUGAGACUAGUAGACUUCGGAUCCUGGAUGAUUUCACUCUCGAGGUGUCUAUGGAUAGCCGUCCACAAGAGAAAGGGUCCUCCUUGACCUCUAUACAUGCCCACAUAGAACCGUUGGUUCUGCGUCUUUCUCUUCGUGACAUCUUGAUGGCGAUCCAGAUUGUCAACAAGGCCUCUGAAAUGAGAGCUCAAGGAUCGCAGCCAGUCGAGAAUGACGAGCCGAAGAAGAUAACGGAAGUUAAGAGUAUAAAACCGAAGUCUUCUAGACGCUCGAGCGGCAGGCAUUCAGCAGCCGUGGUUUCCAGGAACCAACGUCACCCUAGCGGUGCAGCGGAAAGCUCGGAUCGGGAGGUAGUCUCGCAACGCUCCGCUAUUCUGAAGCGGGAGGAGUUGUCCGCUCAGGUCGACGGUAUCAGGGUGAUUCUCAUAGGAGAUCUCCAUGACCUCCCGCUACUCGACUGGAGCGUCAAGAAGUUCAACGUGGAUGUUCGGGACUGGUCGUCGACACUCAAUGCCGACGCCAACUUCGAUACCUUUGUCAACGUGUACAACUUCUCCAAGUCCGCCUGGGAGCCCCUUAUAGAGCCCUGGCAGUUAGGAUUUCACGUGGCGAGAGAGGUUGAUCCGGAAAUCCUCUCCAUAGAUGCUUAUUCCCAUAAGACAAUGGAGCUUACGGUUACUUCAGCAACAAUUGCCUUGGCAUCCAAGUCCUUCCAGUUCCUUUCCACUGAUGAAGAUGUCCUCUCGAAACCGAGAGGUGCUGAUGCGCCCUACCGGAUCCGUAACCAUACUGGGUUCGACCUGCAUGUCUGGGCCGAUGUCAAUGCAGAGGAAGAAGGGCCAGCCGCGAGAUUGACAGAUGGAGAAGAAUAUCCUUGGCGUUUUGAGGAUUCCACUGCUAUGCGUGAGACGCUGGCACCGGAAGGACAUGCUGGACUUGUUGGGGUCAAGCUGGAAGGAAGUGGCUUCGACAGCAUAAGCCGCAUUCCUGUUGUUCGGGAAGGCGAGAUCCUGUACAGCCUGAAGCCCAAGAAAGACGGCAUUCUUCAUCGUCUGCUUGUCGAGGUCAAGUUGGGUGCCGACAAUGUCAAGUACAUCACCUUCCGCUCGCCACUGGUCGUUGAGAACAGCACACAAAUCCCCGUGGAACUGGGUGUAUUUAACCCCAAUGACGGUCAUCUGCUGAAGAUUGAAAAGAUUCUUCCUGGUGACUCAAGGCCCGCGCCCGUUGGAGCAGCAUAUAUGCACUCCCUUGUCAUUCGCCCCGACCAAGGAUUUGGCUAUGAUUGGUCUCAGGAGCAACUUCAUUGGAAAGACCUUCUACGUCGGCCUACUCGGACAAUUAAGUGCGAGAGUGAAAGCGGACAACAGGCUCCCCCUUUCUAUUUCCAACUGCAUGCUGCCUACAACGCCCGGGACUCCCUGACAGGCGCGUAUCCUUACAUGCGUAUCCGGAUAUUUGCCCCGGUCGAGAUCCAAAACCUCCUCCCUUACGACUUCAAAUAUCGGAUCUAUGACAAGAACACAAAGAAGGACUGGACGAACUUCCUGCGCAAGGGUGGCGUUAGCCCGGUUCACGUUGUUGAGCUGUCUCAUCUGCUGCUCCUAAGCGUUGACCUAGAGGAUACUGUUUUCAAGCAGAGCGACUUCGCAAUCAUCAAUGGCAAUUCCCAAGACUACAAGAGGGAGGGCGUGCUUUCCCUGAAGGACGACCGAGGAAUUCAGCUUCGACUGAAGCUCCAUUACUUCAACAUUCCUGACAGCGGUGGUGCCUUCAAGAUUUCUAUCUACAGCCCUUACCUUGUUCUGAACAAGACAGGUCUUCCCAUGGAAAUCCAAAGCAAGGCCUUCUUGCAGUCGGCCCGAUCGGCGGCUGGUCAGGGUCUCAUGGCUGACCCAAGGCACGGUGGACGGGCGCUUCCGUACAUGUACUCGUACCAGACGGAAGACCAGAAGAACCGGUCCAUGGUGAGAAUUGGCGACUCCGCGUGGAGUAAGCCCCAGAGUUUCGAGGCCAUCGGAAGCACAUUCGAAGUCGUUCUUCCCGAUAAGAAUGGAAGGUCUGAAUUCCAUUCGGGAGUUUCUGUCGCCGAAGGUGAAGGCAAAUACAAAAUGACCAAGGUCGUGACUAUUGCGCCACGUUUUAUCCUGAAGAACAAGCUCAACGAGGAUAUUCUGGUUCGAGAGCCUGGCUCAUCCAAUGUUCUAGAGAUUAAGAGCGGUGAUCUGAUACCGUUGCAUUUCUUACGCCAAGUUGCGGAGAAGCAGCUUUGCCUCUGCUUCCCGGGUGUGAACAACCAGUGGUCAUCUCCCUUCAACAUUGCGGAUAUUGGAACGGUACAUGUCAAGCUUGCGAAAGCAAACCAACGGCAGAAGCUCAUCAAGGUUGAUGUCAUAAUGGAGGGUGCGACACUCUUCAUACACUUCAGCUUCGAACCUCGUAACUGGCCAUUCUCCAUGCGGAACGAGAGUGACAUGGAGUUCAUCUUUUACCAAGCCAAUCCCAAUGUGGAAGACGACGAUGAAGAUGAAGACAGGACCCACGGCUGGCGACCAAUUCGCUACCGCUUACCUCCGCGAAGCAUCAUGCCCUAUGCCUGGGACUACCCAGCUACAAAGAAUAAAUCUCUAGUAUUGACGUGCAAAGGCAAAGAAAGGCAUAUCAAGCUUGCUGAAAUCGGAAACCUCAUACCUAUGAGGGUACCGCCAACACAGCACGGCGAAGCCCAAAAGAUUAUCGACAUCAACAUUGUUGCGGAUGGCCCAAGUCAAACUUUGGUCUUGUCGAACUUCAAGGCAUCAAAGAGUAUCUACAAGCAGAAAGGGCAUGCUUCUCAGAGCAGUCUGAGCACGAGCACCGGGUUUGAGGUCAAGGAGCUUGAUUCAGAUGUCAACCUCAAGGCUCAGCUACGCCUCGGAGGAAUUGGCAUUUCCUUGAUCAACCAGAACUUGAAGGAGCUGCUAUACCUGACAUUCCGCGAAAUUGAGAUCAAGUUCAGGGAAUCCAGAGUCUAUCAAACUUUGAACACCACGAUCAAGUGGAUUCAAAUUGACAAUCAACUCUACGGAGGCAUCUUCCCGAUUCUGCUGUAUCCCAGUGUUGUCCCGAAGACUGGAAAAGAAAUGGAAGCGCACCCGAUUUUCCAUACAAUGGUUACGCGCGUGAAAGACGACUCAUACGGUGUGCUCUAUAUUAAGUAUGCCACUGUUCUUCUGCAGCAGAUGACUUUGGAGCUCGAUGAAGAUUUUAUCUUUGCGAUGCUGGACUUUGUCAAGGUACCCGGUGCCUCAUGGUCUGAAGAGCACGAAGGGAAGCUUUGCGACGAAGACCUGAACAUUCCUGAGCCACAAAACGAAGGCACUGCUCAAGACGUAUACUUCGAGCUUCUCCAUCUGCAGCCUAUGCAGCUGGAUAUCUCUUUCAUGCGUACCGAGCAUGUCAAUGCCGAAGAUGCUAUACAGCCCUCCAACCCCCUGAUGUUCUUUGUCCAUGUUAUGACAAUGUCAAUGGGUAACGUCAAUGAUGCUCCCAUUCGUCUGAAUGCUCUGAUGCUGGAGAACGCUCGUGUUUCGUUCGGGGUGCUUGCCAGUAACAUCCAGAGGCACUACACGCAAGAAUUCCUUCGUCAAGUGCAUGUUAUUCUUGGCUCCGCUGAUUUCUUGGGCAAUCCCGUUGGAUUGUUCAACAACGUUAGCUCGGGUGUAGCUGCAAUCUUCUACGAGCCAUACCAGGGACUGGUCAUGACUGACAGGCCUCAAGAGCUGGGCUACGGAAUUGCCAAGGGUGCCACGAGCUUUGUGAAGAAAUCUGUCUUCGGUUUCUCCGAUAGUAUGGCCAAGCUUACCGGAAGUAUGUCCAAGGGUCUUGCCGCCGCUACCCUCGACAAAGAAUUCCAAGAUCAGCGACGGAUGUCUAAGUCUCGGAAUCGGCCAAAGCAUGCCCUUUAUGGAAUCACUGCGGGCGGCAAUGCUUUCGCAACGAGCUUAGCCAGCGGUAUCGGAGGACUUGCCCGUCAUCCAUUGCAGGGCGCUGAAAAGGAAGGUAUCCAAGGGUUCUUCAAGGGUGUUGGAAAGGGUGUUCUGGGUUUGGCUACGAAGCCGGCGAUCGGCGCCUUCGAUCUUGCUUCAAACUUAGCAGAAGGCGUGCGAAACACCACGACCGUAUUCGAUGCCGAAGGCCUUGACCGUGUUCGCCUUACCCGGUUCAUCGCCACCGAUGGUAUUGUACGGCCUUACUCGCAGCGUGAAGCCCUCGGACAAUUCUGGCUGAAGACGGCCGACGACGGGAAAUUCUUCAACGAGGAUUAUAUCGCACAUCUGGAACUCCCGGGCCGAGACAUGCUGGUCAUGUUGACAUACGACCGAUUCAUCCUCGUGCGCAGCAAGAAGCUCCGAACCGAAUGGGACAUGCGACUGACGGACAUCCAAACCAUCUCCAAGGAGCGCACGGGUAUGAGCAUUACGCUCAAGGGAGGUGCCAACGGUCCUUUUAUUCCCGUGCAGGAUGAAAGUUCCCGGAACUGGCUGUAUCGGCAGAUCGCUAUCGCCGUCAACGCUUUCAACGAGAAGUACAACGCUCGAGGCUAAAGAAAUGCCUUUAUUUUUGUUCUUCUCCUUCUGGUUUCUCUUAAUGAUUUUAUGUCAGCAAAACGGUUCAAACCCACCCAAUGGAAAUGAGAAAGAAAUACGAUAUGACAUACUUAUGGACAUGAGGUGUUCUUUCUGACUGAUGGAAAAGAGGUCGUCGGGUCGAGAUUGACACAGUGGUAUGGUAUGGUGCGGUGCAUGAUAUGAUGUUCUUCUUUCUUCUUCACGACCAUCACCGUUGCAAAUUAAGCGAGUAGAUUUUCAUUCAUGCUGCGCGAUUCUUUUUUGAUGGUUGAUGUCUGAUGUUUAUGCUGUAUAUACAUACUGUUUCUUAAUGUUUCUAAUUAAUCUUUCAACAAGACCAAUUUCUGUCUGAUAUUGUACAUGCUGCC